AGCGAUUGAACAACAGGGUGCGUGAGGUGGCAGGGAGCAUAGCAAUCAAAUGUCCACCCUCCCCGUUUCCCAGAGGACCAGUUGGGCGGUGCUGGGGAGGGGCAAUGAGUCAGGGUUAAGGACUUUGAGCAGAGGUCGGGUGGGGCUCCUCAUAACUUCCUGGCAGGCCCACUGCCCCUCCCCAAGGCCCGCCCCCUACCCUCGAAGCCUUGCUCCAGCGCUCUGGCCCUGCACACACACCUUCUCUCGCUACCAUGGAGUUCGACCUGUCGGCAGCCGUGGAGUCCACCCCCAAGAAGCCCCAGGGGGCAGGCAAGGUGGGCGACCCCAAGCACAGCCCCCCCAAGGUUCAGGGCGGGUCUGCUGAUCACCUAAAGCAUCACCACGGCCAUGGCCACGGCCAAGGGAGCGCCUCAGAUUCCAGCAGCAGCUCCACUGAUUCGGAAAAUGAGGUGAAGCCCGGCUCGGAGCUACACAAGAGCGCCCCGGGCAAGGUCAAGAAGCCCAAGGUGAAAAAAGAGAAGAAGAAGAAGGAAGAAGGGAAGAAGAAGGCUUCCCAUUGAUGGGCCUGGGCGGGGCUCAUUAAACCUUUGCUUGGCCUCCUG